AAGGUUCAUGGAAGGUUGAGGUAUUUUCGAUAGAAAGCACACGCAACAAUGAAUUUGAACAGGCGAAGUCAGCAGUCGUCUGUUUCCUGCCUGUAGCUGGGUCCUGUAUGGAAGCCCGUGCGAGGCUGUCCCGGAGACCCCGCGCUGCCUGCACCUCUCGUCUUGGUUGACAUGGACGAUGAAGAUGGCAGGUGCCUGCUAGAUGUCAUUUGUGACCCAGAAGCACUAAACGAUUUUCUUCAUGGAUUAGACACCCAUCUGGACACUGACGACCUAUUGGAUGGCUCGAGCGAUCCCUCCAGCUCUUUCUUCUCGGGCACUGGGUGCCACAUUCCAGAGGUCCUGCCCCCAGUCCAGCUGCUGUCCAAUGAGCAGCCAGUCUUGCCCCGGGUCAGUGUGGACCUGGACUUCCUGGAAGAUGAUGUCAUCCUGGGCGAGUCGCCGGGCGGUAGCGGUAGCAACACCAUGGAGCCAUGUGACAUCCUGCAGCAGAGCCUGGCGGAGGCUAACAUUACAGAGCAGAGCCUGCAGGAGGCCGAGGCAGAGCUGGACCUGGGCUCCUUCGACCUCACCAUGCCAGGUCUGACUCAGGUGGUCCAGACCCUGCCCUGUACAGAUAGCCUGACUGGGUCUGGAGGGCCCCCUGUGGGGGUGGGGCUCCCCAUCUUCCCUGAAGCUCCAGGCUCCUCCACCACCCCUCCCCAGGCCACAGCUGACAUGCUGGGCUCGGUGCUGGCCCAACAGGGCCUGGAGUUUGGGCCCCAGGUCAUGAACAAGGCCCAGACCAUCAGUAUGCAGCCUUUCAUUCAGCAGGUAGCAGGCCUGGGUAACGUCACCCUUCAGCCAAUCGCCUCCCUCCAGGCUCUACCUAACGGCUGUCAGUCAGGACACCUGGGACUGGGACAGAUACAGGUGAUGGGCCAGCCCACUGUGAUGACUAUGAACCAAUCAGGACAGCCCAUCCUGGCCAAGAGUAUGGGAGGAUACCAGCUGCACCAGCCUGGCCCCGAGGCACAGGGGGCAGGUGGGCAGGGCGGACUGGGAGGGGGACUUCUGAUCCAUGGGGGCAAAGCUACUCUGGGAUCUCCAGUUUUAAACGGCCCGGCGUUGGGCACUAACAGUAACGAUAGCACCAUAACUGCUGCUGGAAGCUUGGGUCAACAGGGGCAGAACCUGAUCAUCCAGCGAACCCCGACCCCCAUCCAGCCCAAACCCCCCCAGGGGGGCGCAGCCAUCCAGCCCAAACUGUUCAAGCAGCAGCAGGCUCAGCCCCACACCCUCCAGAAUGAUGCCAACAAGGCUCUUGCGGCUCAGGUCCCUGUCUCCGCUGCCCAGAAUGUAGCCUUCCUGACAGGCAAGCCUGGCGCCAAUGUGGUCCUGACCUCCCAGGCAGGGCUACGCCAACAGGCUCUGUUCAAACAGCAGACAGCCCACCACCCCUCUGGGAAAGCACUCAGUGUCCACCUGCUCAACCAGCCUGGCAGCAUCAUGCUGGGGGGGCAGAACCACCAGUUCCUCCUGCCACAGCAGCUAGCUGGGGGUCAGAUCCUCACACAGCACCCUGGGGGGCACAUCAUCACCUCCCGGGGGCCUGGGGGCCAGCUGAUAGCCAACCAGAUCCUGGCUCAGCACCAGAACAUCAACCUGGGCCAAGUGCUGACUUCUCAGGGCCACCCUCUGCUCCAGGGCCACAUCCAGCUGCAGCCGGGCCAGAUGGGGGUGGGACAUCAGCUCUUCCAGAUUCCUGUCACCCUCUCCCAGAGCCAGAGCCACCCAGUCACGGGCCACCAGGCCCACACAGUGAUCCAGGGCAUGCCCUUGCACAACUCCCUGGCCAUGCUGAGCCAGGUAGAAGGGUUGAGUCCUGCUGUCAGCCUGCAGCCCGCUCUGCAGCCACAGCCAGGGGGCGUUCCCAGCAGCGGGGUGGGUGGGGCUGCUGCCAUUGCACAGGGCCAGCCUGGGGGGAGUGUGCCGAUUCGGGGGAGUUCUACAGACCAGGCAGCCCACCCUGGACAAGCCCCUCAGCCCUCCUCCAUUCUCUCUAUGCAGGCUGGGCCCUCUGUCUCCAUGGCCAUGUCUGUCCCCUCCUCCUCUCCGUCCUUAUCUGUGUCCACCACACUGGUCCCCCACCUAGCCCAGCAGCACAGCCCCGGGAGCAGGGUGCUCUUCACGGGCCACCAGGGCUCCAGCAUGAUCCUCAGCCAGGAACACCUCCAGAUGUUCCUCCAGCAGGACCAGCGACAAACAGAGAAUGAUCCCGUCCCCACUGUGUCAGUGGGCGUGCCAGCGUCCGUUAUCGUCAGCAGCAACAGCAGCUUUGGCCAAGCCUCCUCGGGCCAUGACAGCCAAUUAGCUGAGACAGCAGUGGUAAACCAGAUGCCCCAGGCGGGUGGCCAGCAGCAGCAACUGAAGCUCCAGAGCCUGUCCCCCUCCCAGCCCCUCGCCUCCCACACUGCCCUUCCUCUGUCGGACAGCCCCCUGCCCUCCCCCCUCCACAUGCAUUCCCCCCAGUCCUGGCCCCCUUCUCAACCCCAGACCCCCGCCCGAUCCUGCACCCCCUCCUCUCUUCCCCAAUGUUCAUUAUCCAGAACCAGAUACCAGGCCACUCCCAGCCUGCCCCACAACAACAACAACAGAUACACCUCCAGCCCCGGCCCUCCCAGCCUGCUCUCUACGAACCGGAUGUCCCCCUCCCUCUCGCUCCCCCAAACCCCCCAGAUCCUCCAGGCCCCUCUGGCAGGGCUCCAGUUCACUGCUAGCCAGGUGGGGGACCCCGGGGGUGGGGUGUUGAAGACCCAGGUCUUAACAGCAGAGCGGCAGCACCGCCUGCAGCUGGUUGGUGCUCAGCCCUCUCCACAACAGAAACACCAGGUGCAACAGAACAUUCUACUACAGGCCAAAAGGCAGCAGCAAAGCCAGCCCCAACCCCAACCGCAUGGUGGUCAACAACAAGACGUGCCUGCUCCUCAGUCAUCUGUGCUGGUCAAGACUCCUGCCACAGCAUUCAAUGAUGUGUUGUCAGGAGCUCUUGUGACCCAGGGGGGCGUGGCUCCAGCUAACCAGCCUGGUCAACAGUCACUACACCAGGCUGUGCAGGUGGGGGGGAUGGAGUCCGUGUCAGGUCUGAGUCAGAUGACCUCUACACAGCAGACUUUCAGCCCUGGUCUGGCCUCUCUACAAACACAGACUGCUGCUAUGAAGUUGCCUUUCAGUAUGGCUAAACCCAGCAAGGAAGCCAGGAUGUUGGAACAGCUGAGGAAGCAGCAGGGCUCAGUCCUCCACCCAGACUACAGAUCUUCCUUCCAGUGCUUUGAAGACACCCUGACCGGCCUGGUGCCUUACCACCUCUACCAGGGCACUGCCACCCCACCACACGACUACGACAGAGGUACACACACCCUGACCCGCCUGGUGCCUUACCACCUCUACCAGGGCACCGCCACCGCACCACACGACUACCACAGAGUGGAUGAUGAGUUUGAGAGGGUUUCCAGCCAGCUCCUGAAGAGAACGCAGGCUAUGCUGGAUAAAUACAGACACCUCCUUUUUGAGGAAUCAACGCGCCUUGGCCCAUCAGCUGAGAUGGUAAUGAUGGACAGGAUGUUUAUUCAGGAAGAGAAGAUCUCUCUGGGACAGGACCGCAUCCUCGCCAGAGACAGGCCUGAUGAGUAUGUGGCCAACUCAAGGAUGAUGGAGAUUGAGAGUGGAGCUGCCAACAUGGCCCAGUCCAAGCUUCAGCUACAGUCCCAGCUCCACCAUAAGCCCCUGUCCCAUCCUCAGCCCCUGUCCCAGUCCCAUCCUCAGCCCCUGUCCCAGCCCCAUCCUCAGCUCCAUUCCGAGCCCCAGCUCCAGUCCGAGCCUCAUCCUCAGCCCCUGUCCCAGCCCCAUCCUGAACCCCUGUCCCAGCCCCAUCCUGAACCCCAGCCUCAUCCUGAACCCCUGUCCCAGCCCCAUCCUGAACCCCAGCCCCAUCCUGAACCCCAGCCCCAUCCUCAGCCCCUGUCCCAGCCCCAUCCUGAACCUCAGCCCCGUUCCCAGCCUCAGCCCCAUCCUCAGCCCCUGUCCCAGCCCCAUCCUGAACCCCAGCCCCAUCCUCAGCCCCUGUCCCAGCCCCAUCCUGAACCUCAGCCCCGUUCCCAGCCUCAGCCCCAGUGGUUUGAGCCCAGCCCCGUAAGGAGUGUUGUUGCCCCUGCUCCAGCCCCAACACCGAUCCAGGACCACUUCCCCUCCACCAAGCUGGUGAUAAAGCAGGGAGGAGCGGGGGCGUCUGUCUCCUGGUCCAGCUCCCCAGCUCCUGUGGCCAGGCCGGGGUCAGGGGUUAGACAGACAGCCGACACCCAGAGUCACAGCUCCUCCUUCAGCCGCGCUCCUCCACCUCCCUCCCGUCACUCACCCCACCACCCUUUCUCCUCCUCUCGUCCAGCUGAGGAUGAUGAUACUCUCCCCCGGAGGACCAGUAAACCCCCCAUGAAGACGUACGCCGCCCGCCCACGCAUCGGCUUGAAGCUCAAGAUCAAGCAGGAGGCGGGGUUUAGUAAGGUGGUGCAGAACACCGCCCUCGACCCGGUCCACACGCCAUCCACACCCAACCCUAAGCCACAGCCACUCCCUACCACCCUGCCCCACCCGGCGCCGCCACUCCCUACCACCCUGCCCCAACCGGCACCGGCACUCACUACCACCCUGCCCCAACCGGCACCGGCACUCCCUACCACCCUGCCCCAACCGGCACCGGCACUCCCUACCACCCUGCCCCACCCGGUGCCGGCACUCCCUACCCCACGACCCCAACCGGCGCCGGCACUCCCUACCCCACGACCCCAACCGGCGCCGGCACUCCCUACCCCACGACCCCAACCGACGCCGGCACUCCCUACCCCACGACCCCAACCGACGCCGGCACUCCCUACCACACGACCCCAACCGACGCCGGCACUCCCUAAAGCCCAAGCAGCAGCACGAGCCACGCCGCCUACUAUAACUGUCAUUAGGACUCCUCCCCCUAGCUGUAACACAGCCUCCUCAGCAAUGGUCUCCAUAGCAACCACACAGGCGACCCCCAGCCCACAGAGAGUCACAGCGCCCACAUCUUCCUCCACGGCUCAGAUGAACGGAGCGUUAGAACAUCACAAUGUGGGUGGAGUCAAGCGUAACACUGCCUCCACGGCCACUUCCCCUCAGACCACCUGCCGCCUGCCUCUACGGAAGACUUACCGGGAGAACAUCAGCCCCCGCGUCCGACCGGGCGUACCGGGAGGAGGAGGAGACAGUGUCCCGUACCCCCGUCCCUCCCCCUCGCCCCCCAAUUCUCCCCCCACCCUCCUCACCCUCUCCCUCCUCAGAGGGGACAGUGAUCACCAGCAUGAAGCUGGAGAAGAGAGGAGGCAGCCCCAGGGAGGGGGGCUCCCACACAGAGCUCAGCCGGGAGGCCCUGAGGCUGGGGAACUCCUCCCCCUCCUCUCCUGGCCUAGUGCAGGGCAUCACAAACACCCAGCAGCAUCUCUCAGACAGAGAGGAGGAGAGGGGGAGAGAAGGGGAUCAUUGGGACAGAGGGGCGGACAUGGGGAGGUAUAAGAGGGUGAGCAGUAAAAACCACCAGAGUUCAGGUGACGGCGGUGGGGGUGAUACGUUCAGAAUGGACCAGCAUGCCCCUGGGCCCCCUUCCUCGCCGCCAGACACUUCUUGUUACAGAGACUCAUCACUUCCUGCUAAGCGCUGUAAGUCAGACUCUCCUGUCAUGGACAACGCCUCCUUCUCCUCCGGCUCCCCGCCACACGAUGAGUCUCUUAACGAGCACCUGCAGUGUGCCAUCGACACCAUCCUCAACUUGCAGGGCCAGGACCAGGGGCCCACACCGCGCAGAGCCAAAGGGGGCUCCGUCAGGCCACACCACCACCACCACAGCCAGCGACCCACGGCCCCCCAGCCCUCCUCACACACAUACAGACCCUCAGUCUCCUCUUCAUCUUCAUCCUCUCUGGCCCAUCACUCUCAGGUUGGAGGCAGAGGACUGGUGCCACAGACUCACAGCAGAUAACACACACAACAGUUGGGACUGAAGAGAGGAGAGAGGAAUAACUCUCACUGCUCUGACAAGCUCAGUUGACCUUGUUUGUCCAUCUGAAUGUUGUUUACUU